GAAGUCAUCCAGAGGGACCUGGACAGGCCGGAGAAGUGGGCCCACGUGAACCGAAUCAGGUACAAUAAGGCGAAGUGCAGGGUGCUGCACUUGUGUCAGGGCAAUCCCAGGUACUUUUAGAAACGGGUAAGAUCUCCUUGAGAGCAGCCCUACGGAGAAAUGGACAGCUAGUAGUCGGGGUCUACAACAGAAAGCAGUGCUGUGUUUUAGAGACAGUUAGCCACAGUGAGAGCUGGACAGAGAGGAACCUGGUGGGGUUUUACAAGUGCGAGUGCAGGGCGGUACACCUGCGGGGGGAAUAACCACACACGCCAGUCCCGGCAACGGGCUGACCUGCUGGAGAAGAGCUCUGCACAGAAGGACCUGGGUGUCCUGCGGGACGCCAGGCUGGCCCUUUUCGCCUUCUGGAGGCGUUCCUUGUCAGCCGCCAAGGAGAGGUAUCCUUCCAAGGGAGAUCAGGUAAGUUACCCAGGCAGGUGGACAACCGUGGAGAAAGGUGUUGAGCAAUCGAGGGAAUUAGCUGUGCUGGAUAAAGCGUAUGAAGAGAAAUAGAAACAUCAGCCUUUAUCUUGCUUGCUUUUUUUUUUUUUCUUUUUUUUUUCUUUUUUAAUGGAAACUUGGUUCUUUCUCGAGUGGUAUGUAGUGUGAGUUAGCACCGUCUGAAAUGAUCGUGGCCAGAGUUCUGACAAAAAGAAGGGCAAUCGACAUAGCACGUUGGGAGGAAAUUCUUUCAAAGGUUGCCCAGAGAAGGUGUGGAGGUCUUGCUUGGGAGCCAAGGGCCCACGCCCACAGCCACCAUGAGGCGGUGAGCGUGAUGUCACAGUGGGUGUCAGAGUGCAGCCAUUGUGACGCGUGAAGCUUGGAGUAGAGCACAGGCUGGCGGGCUCAGCGCAAGCGUCAGUGCGGCCUGGUGAGGCGUGGAGAGAGCAGGGUCUCUUGCAGUGCUCACCGUCGACGCAAAUGAUGUAUGCUAGGAAGCGGAAGUUGUCUGACUCUCAGGAGCCAGCGUGCGUGCUGUGUGGCCGGGGAGAUGUUGACCGAAACAUCUUUGGCCGCACAUUUGACCAGAUUUGGUUUUGGGUCCACGAGUUCUGCUUGCUUUUUGCCAACAUCUCUUUUGAUGAAAGCUCCACACAGGAGGGAACUGUGGGCAUUGACCCAGCUGCCCUCACACGCAAAGUCAAGCAGGCAAACCAGAAGCAAUGCUGUGUUUGCGGCGAGAGGGGGGCUGCCAUCACAUGCGCACAGGGCGGCUGUGAGCGCAGCUUUCAUCUGCCCUGUGCCAAGGACGGACAAUGCGUCACCCAGUUCUUUCGAGAGCACAGGUCCUUCUGCUGGGAGCACCGCCCUCGACAGACCGCAGUGACAGCUCCAGCAAGAGGCACCACCUGUGUCAUCUGCCGGCAGACCGUGGGGAACGUUGCAUCCUACCACACCCUGGUGUGCCCAGCGUGCAAACAUGCCUGGUUCCACCGGGCCUGCGUCCAGCAACAGGCCUUGAAUGAAGGCAUUGCAUGCUUCCGGUGCCCUGCCUGCCAAGACGGCGCUCAGUACCGUAUUGAAAUGUCCAUCCUAGGGAUCCGAAUCCCGGACAGAAGACCAGAGCGGGAGGACAAUCGUGCAUCCACAGCGGUUCUACAGAGGCACGGGCACUGCGACGCCGUCAUCUGCUUUUGCGGUGGAGGCAGGGAUCAGGCAGAAGAAGAGGGGCCCUGGCAGCUGGUCCCGUGCAGCUCCUGUGGAGCGCAGAGCACCCACCAAGAAUGCUCCUACUCGAGCAUCAGAAUGAACAAGUGGGACUGCGACAGAUGUGCUGGCCUGGGUACCGCCUCCAGCACCAUCGCGCAGCUCGCUGCCCUCAGCGCUGCCAGCCAGCAGGGCCUGGAGCCAUCCCACAGCCCCCAGGAGCCUGAGGACAGCUGCUCCGGCCCCACCAUCCAGCCAGCGUCGGGGCCAUCCCACACUUCCCAGCUGCUGGAGCUCAGCUGCCAGACCAGCGUGCUGGGCAUAGAACAUGGGACAACCUGCUCAGCUUUUCCUGACCAUCAGGACGCACCUGAGCAGUGCCAAGCACGCUGUGGGAGCAACCAUACAGCCACCCCCAGCACUGGAAGCAGCUCCCGCCCAUCCACCGCACAGGGCACUUUGGGAUCCUCCAGAGCAGCCACAGCGGCUGCGCGCAGGAGGCGUCCCAGGCAGCGCGGAACAAGCCGGACACGGAGCCGCUCCCCGCUGCAAGGUCGGGCCCCACCUUCCCAGAGCCGGACCAGAAGACCUCAGCGCAGCAGGCGAACACCAUCUCCAGCUGCUCAGAAGAGAACUCGCAGCACCAGCAGACCGGCGACGCGGAGGACCUUGAGAGCUUCCCUGCGUCCAGACAGCAGGGAAUGGCCCAGGCAGUUAGGGGAGGCCCGCAUGCGAAGCCAUUCCUCAGUGGCACGUCGAGUGCCACAUGUCCACAGCCGGCACUGAGGAGGCUGCGGGAGCCAGUUCCAACAGUGGGGGCUGCCCCAGGCAUGAAGACCUCCUGGGUCGAACAUGCAAGCCAACAUCCCACCCCCCCAAGUCAGCCCGAAAAAUGAUGAGAGGGAAGCAGUUCCAACAGCGAGGGCUAUCCAGGGCAUGAAGACCUCCUGCAUCCAACAUCAAAGCCAGCAUCCACCCCCCCCAGCCAGCCCCCCAAAAGGUGGCAUGAAAGCUGUUCCAACAGUGGCGGCUCUCCAGGCAUGAAGUCACUCCUGGGUCCACCAUCGAUCCAACAUCCACCGCCCACUCCCCACAGUCAGACCAAAAAUAGAUAACACGGAAGCAGUUCCAACAGCACGGGCUACUCCGGGCAUGAAGUCACUCCUGGAUCCAACGUCGGAGCCCUCAUCCACGCUUCUGCCCCAUUAGCCUGCAACAGCCGUGUGCCAGCACCAUGUGCUGGCUCUAGUCCCAACUAUCCAACACAAUAAACCCAACCAUCC